AUUGUGGCUGUGUGAUGACACAAGUGUGAUCUCUGAAGUGAGUGACGUUAUUGUUUUCUGGAUCGCCAGUUUACACAACAAUUGAACUUUACUCGCAUAUUUUUUUAUACGCAAAGUGCUGUGGAAUAUCUUAUAUCUAUCUUAAUAAACAAUUAUUACGUAAUUUAGUGUGGCUUGUUAUUGCACGAGAAAAGUAAGUCAAUAUAAAAUAUAAAUUGCGUCAUAUUUUAUAUAGUUGUAAAAAAUAAUGUCAUCAUAGUUUUUUUUACAAUAAACACUUUUAUUUCUAUAAAUCCAAGUGAAUAUACGGUCUUCUCCGUGCACAAUAAAAUCCAGUGAUUAUAAAGAAUUUUGAUGAUAUUAGACGAUUUUUGGGAUAUGUCACCACAAAAACGCGGGAGACGGGGGGUUAGUGAUGCUGAUGAUGAGGAUGACGACUACAGGCGACGCAGAGACCGUAAUAAUGAGGCAGUCAAGAAGAGCAGAUAUAAGUCUAAGCAGCGAACACAGGAGACAUUUACACGAGUAAAUAAACUGAAGGCUGAAAACCAGAUGCUAGAAGAAAAAGUGAAAACAUUAACAAAAGAUCUCCAAUUUCUUAAGGAAUUAUUUAUGGAAUAUGCGUCCAAUUCACAAGACCCUAAAUUUGAGGGUAUUGAUCUAGAAAAACUCCUAGAAGAUGUGCAAGAUGACAAGAAGGAUACUAAUAGCAGUAAAUAAUAAGUAUAAGACAAGAUCUCAUAUUAAUAUAAUGCAAUUUGCAUUGAUAUCACAAUUAUCUAUUUAUAUAGACAAAGACAAAACACCUCAGUAGCCCAGACCAGACCAGUCUUUUCUCUUGCAUUUGACAACUGACUAUUAUUUCUAAUUUGGUAGCUUUUGAGGACCUUUAGUGUUACCAACCAAAAAAAGUUUUUUUUUAAUAAUAAUUAAUUAUAACAUUGAGAUUUUGACCACUAGGUAAACACUAGCAUAUAAAAUUGGAUAUAUUAUGUACAUAAAAGUGUAACCCAUAAGAAAUAUAAUUCAUUGACAAUAUAUUACUGAUUGUAAAAUUCACAUAAUUUACUUUAGGUAUUUGCUAUGUUAAAAUAAUUAAAAAAGUACAAGUUGAGUCGAUUAAAUUUAGAAUUAGUCUAUUGUACAGAAUAUAUGAUUACUAAGAAACAUGCUUUUUGUUUAAAUAUGAUUUAAGCUUAUAUGAAAUGGAUUUUAGUAAACUCACAAAUUCUUAACUAUAAAAUACCUUAACAAUUUCUGUAGGUUGAUUGAUAUAAAUUUUAUUU